CUUGGUCUCUCCCUCCAGCCGAGAAUGGCGGUAAUACAGCUUCAACGACAGCUGCCAGCCUCCAUUUAACGAAGCGAAGAAGAAGCAGCAGCAGCAGCUCCACAGUGACACUAAACAGCAGGCGGCAGCCAGCGAGCCGAGAGAUGUCCCGAGAACUGUUGGUUGUACAGCGUGCCAGGAAGUCCUUCCAGACUGGGAAGACCAAGCCUCUGGAGUACAGAAUCCACCAGCUGAAGAACCUGCGCCGCUUCAUCUCGGAGAGACAGGGGGACAUUACAGAAGCGGUCAGACGGGACCUUGGCAAGAGUGAAAAUGGGACCCAGCUGUUUGAGACACUGGGACUGGAGGGAGAGAUCAAUCUGGCUUUGGAGAAACUGUCAGAGUGGGCAGCCCCACGGAUGGUAGAGAAGAACCUGCUCACCAUCUCUGAUGAGGUUUAUGUGCAGCCGGAGCCUCUGGGAGUGGUGCUCAUCAUCGGGGCCUGGAACUACCCGUGGGCCAUUACCCUCCAGCCGCUGGUUGGAGCUAUUGCUGCUGGUAACGCGGCAGUAAUAAAGCCAUCCGAGGUCAGCUCCCACUCCGCCAAGGUCAUGGAGGAACUUCUCCCCCUGUAUCUGGACAAAGACCUGUACCCAGUGGUGACAGGUGGAGUGUCAGAGACCCAGGAGCUGCUGAAGCAAAGAUUUGAUCACAUCUUCUACACUGGCGGCAGCGCUGUGGGUAAAAUAGUUAUGGCGGCAGCGUCUUGCCACCUCACCCCGGUGACCCUGGAGCUGGGAGGGAAGAGCCCCUGCUACAUUGACAAGAACUGUGACAUUCGUGUUGCAUGUCGACGCAUCACGUGGGGAAAGUUUGUUAACUGUGGUCAGACGUGCAUUGCUCCAGACUUCAUCCUGUGUGAACCCUCCGUCCAGAGCCAAGUAGUAGAAGAGAUCCAGAAGUGCAUCAAGGAGUUUUACACAGAUAAUCCAGAGACCUUUGAGGACUAUGGACGCAUUAUAAACCAGCGGCACUUCAAGAGACUCAUGGCUCUAAUGGAGGGGAGCACAGUGGCUGUUGGUGGAGCCAGUGAUGAAUCCCAGUGCUACAUAGCACCCACUGUGUUGAAGGAUGUGACGGGGGAUUCCAAAGUGAUGAAGGAGGAGAUCUUUGGACCGCUGCUGCCAAUCAUCACUGUUAGCGGCGUAGACGAGGCCAUCCGGUUUAUUAACGAGAGAGAGAAGCCUCUGGUCAUAUACGUCUUCUCCCAAGACAACAAGCUGAUCAAAAGGGUGAUCGCAGAGACGUCCAGUGGAGCUCUGCUGGCCAACGACUGUCUGGUGCACUUCACUGUUAGCGCUCUGCCCUUUGGAGGAGUUGGUAACAGCGGGAUGGGUUGUUACCACGGUCGGUACGGCUUCGACCAGCUCAGCCACCUGCGCAGCUGUCUGAUCAAGCAGCUGAAGAUGGAGGGAGUCAACAGCAUGCGCUACCCCCCCCACAGCGCCAAAAAGCUGGGCUGGGCGCGCUUCUUUAUGCUCAAGCAGGUCAACGUGUGCCGGCUGCGGCGCAUGGCACUGCUGGCCACGAUGGCUGGCUUGGCAGCAUUUCUGGUGCAGGUAAAGGAAGUAAAAUACCCAAAUUCUGUCCAAAGAGGCGUAAAAGGUUUGGCUUUGCUAUCAGCAAUGUAUUGCUUUACACGCCUGUAGCUUCUAGGGGGGGUUCCUGUAGAGAACAAUUUGGUCCUUUUUACAGCGGGAUUGAAGUUCCGACAGACUUGUGUGGGUUCAGUUUCUAAUUGGGUUUCAAAGGAAUUCCCGUGGCACUACAAGUGCGCUUGAACCCCAGGAAAUAUUUAGCCAUAUUCGUUCUUGAUUCAACACUUUGAUCUCUGUAUAUGUUUAAAAUCCAAUCCUUGCCACUAGAACUGCUGAAUACUUUCUAGAUGUCGCUAGCAAUUGAUAGGAGUCAUUUAAUAGAAUAAUACAAUUGAACCGGGUCUCCAUUUUUCUUGUAAAUGGUUCUAGAUCAACGUUCCUAUGACUUUAUAGUUGAUACAACUUUGUAAGAAACUGAGAGCUGUAAAAAGGGCAUCGCCAUGACUUGUGCAUAUUACAUAAAAUGAACAUGUUUUUUGUAUAUUUUAGAAAAAUUUGCAGAUAAAGUGUCUUCCACGUGUAUAUGAACGUCCGUUAACGUUCCAUCAGAAUAGCCGGCUGCCGCUGUUGUUCCUAGUAAGACACCUGUUGCCUUCAAGCACCGUAUUAAAUGAAAACGGGACUAACCAGGAA